AAGUGUGCGUUAGGUCUGUAAAAUGAAUAUCAUUAUAGAAGGAGAGCAAAGCAAUGAAGUUAAUUCUUUUUUAUUUGUUAAACGGAGUUCCCUCCUUCCCCCACCCAUUCCUCCUUCUGGGCUGGCCUGUCACGCCUUCUCAACAGGCUAAAAUCAUUCAGAGCAGCUCGCGGGGAGAAACGCGACAUUUAUGGUAACCGUCAGCCUUCAGAGAAAGAAAGCAGUUCAUUAAUUUACUUCACUCUUACUUCAAAGUAUGAUAAUGUACGUUACCCCCUUGAUCAAUAGAUAUGAUGUACAGUCAAUACUCCACGACACGGAAACGGGUCAAAACCGAGGCCGAGACAACAAGAAAAACAGCCCCUGGGAAGCUAAGCAAAGCCGCGGAAAAACAGCGGGGGUUAGAGCACCUGAGCGAGCGGGGCCGGGCCGGGGCAGCCCCCGCGGGCGGCUCCCCCAGCGAGAGCGGGAGCGGGCUCUGCCCUUCUCCGCAGCCACCUAGCGCUGUACGAGGGGCCGAGGGGAGCAAAGAGCGCACCUUCGAGGUGCUCCGGGACGAGGCGGCGGGGCCGCCCGGCAGCCAGCCCCUGAUCGUGCCGGUGCCGCUCGGGCGGAUUCCGGCUUCUGCGACCCCACCUCCAAGAAUCACGCCUGAAAACGCGGGUCUGCGGGGGCGAGAAGGGAGCAGACGGCAGAGAGCAGUGGCCCGAAGUGUUUCCCCUCCUUGAUGGGACAACGGGAGAGGAAGGACUAAGCAGAGAGGAGCGGGGCGGGGGGACCCCGUGAAGAAACGGGAUGUGCUACCGCGCUCGCCAAUCUUUGCCGAUAAUCAUAAUUACAGGUAUGGAGGGGUGAUGGAAAGGGGCGGCCGGGACGAAGCAGCCCGACCCGGGGCUAGCGGUCCCUGCGGACCGGGAUUGUGGCUCGUCGCCCGACGACGCGACUGCGUGAGGUCAUCAGCGCCGGCGGGGCUCGACGGAGGGGCUCG